AAUCCUUGACAAUAAAACACGAGGAACCAGAAAUAAAACACGAGGAACAAGGAGAGUUCAUUGAAGAAAAAGAGGAAAAUGAAGAAUCAAGUCCUCAAGAGAAGCAGAACGCAUGUGAUCAAUGCGAUAAAAUGUUUUUAUGGGCUUCACUUCUGAAGAAACACUUGAAAGUUCAUGCAAAGAAACCACAUUCAUGUCAUUUGUGUGGUAAGAGUUUUUUGCAUGUACAAAGUUUAAAAGAACAUCAGAAAAUACAUACUGAUGUGAGAGAGUACAUGUGCUCUGAGUGUGAGAAGACUUUUAGUUCAGUGAGCAGUUUAAAACGGCACGAGAGGAUCCACACUGGAGAGAAACCUUACAAGUGUUCACAAUGUGACAAGAGAUUCAGUGUGUCAUCAAGUGUGAAAACACAUGAGAGGAUCCACACUGGAGAGAAACCUUACAAGUGUUCACGCUGUGACAAGAGAUUCAGUCAGAUAUCAAGUCUGAAAACACACAAGAGGAUCCACACUGGAGCGAAACCUUACAAGUGUUCACAAUGUGACAAGAGAUUCAGUGUGUCAUCAAGUCUGAAAACACAUGAGAGGAUCCACACUGGAGAGAAACCUUACAAGUGUUCACACUGUGACAAGAGAUUCAGUCGGUUAAUAGAGCUGAAAACACAUGAGAUGAUUCACACUGGAGAGAAACCUUACAAGUGUUCACACUGUGACAAGAGAUUCAGUGUGUCAUCAAGUCUGAAAACACAUGAGAGGAUCCACACUGGAGAGAAACCUUACAAGUGUUCACACUGUGACAAGAGAUUUAGUGUGUCAACAAAUCUGAUGACACAUGAGAGGAUCCACACUGGAGAGAAACCUUACAAGUGUUCACACUGUGACAAGAGAUUUAGUGUGUCAACAAAUCUGAUAACACAUGAGAGGAAUUACACUGGAGAGAAACCUUACAAGUGUUCACACUGUGACAAGAGAUUCAGGGUGUCAUCAAGUCUGAUAACACAUGAGAGGAUCCACACUGGAGAGAAACCUUACAAGUGUUCACACUGUGACAAGAGAUUUAGUGUGUCAACAAAUCUGAUAACACAUGAGAGGAUCCACACUGGAGAGAAACCUUACAAGUGUUCACAAUGUGACAAGAGAUUCAGUGUGUCAUCAAGUCUGAAAACACAUGAGAGGAUCCACACUGGAGCGAAACCUUACAAGUGUUCACAAUGUGACUAGAGAUUCAGUGUGUCAUCAAGUCUGAAAACACAUGAGAGGAUUCACACUGGAGAGAAAUCUUACUAGUGUUCACAAUGUAACGAGAUUCAGUGGUGCAUCAAGUCUGAAAAGACAUGAGAGGAUUCACACUGGAGAGGAAGCACAUCAACGCAAUGUACGUGGGAAGUGUUCCAUUAAGUCAUCUGUUAUACAAAGUCAAACAAAAAACAAUCACAGUAAGGCCCCGUACACGCGGAGAUGCAUUUAGAUGUUUAUGUAAAUAUUUUGUUUUGAUAUAUGCUUUCGUCCAGACGGAUCCAGCAUUUGGGAGAAUUAAUUCACUAUUUCUUUGGGUCCCAGAGUGGAUAAAUCUGAAAAUGACACAUUUGGGUCUUUGUGUUCUGCCAAUCCAUAUAUUUUGUUAAACGAUGUCAUCACCCCACUUCUCUACUAUAGUCAGACACCGCUACGUCAUGUAACACCAACAACAAUGGAGAACUAGAUUUUUGUGUUCAUGCUGCAGAAGCUACUGAGCCUAUUAGCUUGAUUAAACUUAAUAGUAGAGCUGCACGAUAUUGGAAAACAACUCGCAUCAUGAUAAUUUGUCUUUGCGAUGUAUAUUGCGAUAUGGAAAAAAAUCGCCAGAUGACUUGAACUGCUCUAUUUGGGAAUUUUUUUUUAAUGAUUGGGGUGAUUUUGUAGGUGAAUAAAUCAGCUAAGAAAAUAGGCAAAUUACAAACAUAGAUAAAUAUAACAGAUAAAUGAUACAAAUAAAUAAAAAAAUGCUUUGUAUUCUUCAGGUAAGACCAACUGUUACUGUCUGUUACGUUAAGUCUAAUACAUUACUGCUGCGUUACAUUGCUGACAGAAUGCAGUGUUUAUAAUCUAGAGAUCGUAAAGAGGAUGUAGCACACACACUGCCAAGUCAAGUGCCAGUGGAUUACAGACUUGCACCCGCGAGACCUGAUGCAACAGAGAGCGGCGUGGGACAAGACUCGUGUUUGUGUGUGUGUGUGUGUGUGUGCAGGAUGCAGGAAAAUAAAAAAAGAAAUAUCUAAACAUAAAAAAUCUAAAACAAAUUAUUUAUCUAUUGCACAAAAGCAAAAUAAACUAUUAAAUAUAAACGAUUAAUAGGUGCAAGCGUAUGCAGAGCUUCUAUUUAGGCUUUAACAGGGAUUGGUUUGUUGCAUGAUGAGACUGAUGCGAGAUACUGGUCCAAAAGCACAAGUUUUGUUAAUAAGUUUAAUUUCUUCCUGUAAUAUAGGCUAAGUGAGUUUUUCAUUAUUGUUGCAGUUUCCAUUUAAAAUAAAUAAAACAUUGAACCACAAACUAAGCAUUUGUUUUAAAAGGGGGAAAAUACCUCAUUUAUUUUGGUUACAAUAUCCAUCUUAUUAGUUUUUAUUAAUACAAUACAAAUGUUUUAAUGCCAAUGUGAAUUUGUACCAUUGUACUUUUUAUGGCUUGUGUUUUAAUUAAUAGGCUAAUAAUGAACCACAUACUACUAUAGUUCCCUUUCAAUACUUCACUCGUACUGCGUCGAAGACGCAUAUGGGA